GCUCAUUAUGGAGAGUGGAGAGUGACAGGCCACUCCCGGCCACGUCUCCAAGCAAGCCAGUGCCCCCUCCUCCUGCUGCCACCGCCCACUGAGCUGCCUGGGCUGCAGACGCCCUGGUCGGAGCGUCUGGGGCCAGAUGUUAUAGGGCAAUCUAAAAAUAACCGGGCGAGCCAGCCCCCAUCGAGGAAGGGGCAUGUGCUGGACGCGGACACAUGAUCUGAGGGACCCUGCUGGGUGGAACUAAGAAAGUCCAGCAGACUGUGCACGCUCCUGUCCCCACUCGCAGGCCCGCGCAGCGAGAGGGGCCCCUCUUCUGUGUGCGUCUAGAAGGUCGCUGCCCAGGGAGGAAAUGCCUUUAACCAGCGUGGGGCCGGGCAGCCGCAGGAGGCAGAUCAUCCGGGCUCUGUGCCUCUUGCUACUUCUCCACGCCGGCUCUGCCAAGAAUAUCUGGAAACGGGCUUUGCCUGCGAGGCUGGCCGAGAAAUCCCGUGCCGAGGAGGUGGGCGCGCCCGGCGGCCCGCGGCAGCCCCGAGCCGACCGCUGCCCGCCGCCUCCGCGGACUCUGCCCCCCGGCGCCUGCCAGGCUGCGCGCUGUCAGGCGGACUCCGAGUGCCCGCGGCACCGGCGCUGCUGCUACAACGGAUGCGCCUACGCCUGCCUAGAAGCUGUGCCGCCCCCGCCAGUCUUAGACUGGCUGGUGCAGCCGAAACCUCGAUGGCUUGGUGGCAAUGGCUGGCUCCUGGAUGGCCCUGAGGAGGUGUUACAAGCAGAGGCGUGCAGCACCACGGAGGACGGGGCCGAACCGCUGCUGUGUCCCUCGGGCUAUGAGUGCCACAUCCUGAGCCCAGGUGAUGUGGCCGAAGGCAUCCCCAACCGUGGACAGUGCGUCAAGCAGCGCCAGCAAGCAGAUGGGAGAAUCCUACGACACAAACUUUACAAAGAAUAUCCAGAAGGUGACUCAAAGAAUGUGGCAGAACCUGGAAGGGGACAACAGAGGCACUUUCAGUAAAGCAAUGGCAAGCAGCUGGGUUGCAAGAACAUUCCUCCACUUUCUGCUAAGCCUUGGAAACAGCUGGGAAAAGUAGUUUGACCCUCAAAGUGCACAUUCAGCUCAGCAGAGCAAGUCCCCAGAGAUGCUUAGAGACAGGACACCUGGCCGUCAAUCCCAGUUUGGCCCAGCCUGGUUGGGCGACUUUGUGGGAGCCACUUAACAGCUCUGGGUCCCUGUUGUACCAUCCUGGGAGGAAGGCCCUGCAGCUCCACGAGACCUUUACCCCGGAAAGAAGCCGCCGCCCACGCAAGCAGUUCUGAAGCCCCUUUCUAAGACAAGGCUCAGCAUCUUGAUAUUUUUGACAGAUUUCUCCCAAGUCUGGCUCUGGGAGGUAUGUACCUAUCUCAGAUGUUCCCAAGAUAAAUUCAUCCUUCAGGAAAUGGAAAUGAACUUGCCUACUAAUGUGUGAUUCCUAGUUCUAGCCACCUGAUGUGCUGAGGCCUAAAUGUUAGCAGGUGGGAGGAGGCCACAGACAAUAAAAACAACCAAAUAAGA